UGGAGUCACUGCUGUGCAGAGGGUCAGACAGAGGCCAUCUCCUUCUGCAGCUACAGAAACAUCUGCAAACAUAAAGUAACGUUUUUGCUGUGAUGGAGAAAUCUAAAAACUUCCGCAUCGAUGCGCUCCUGGCGCGCGACACACAGCACCGCACGAGCGCGCUCCCGGGAGCCUUUCCUACUGAUCCAGGUCAGAUCCACAGAAAAGAACUUCAUUCGAACAGUUCUCCCUGCAGACCCCCGUCCAAACCCAGCCUCCUCAGCCUGUCGGGCCUCGCGGCGCUGCAGCGCGCGGCUCUCAUCGGGGUCCACCCGCUGUUUCCUCUGGGGCCCUUCGAGCUGCAGACCCCCGCCUUCCUGCAGCCUGCAUGGGCGCAGCUGGCUCAGCAGCAUCCGGGCCAGAUGAAGGGGAUCCCCGCCGCCGAGGCGCCCCCCCUGGAGCCGUGGAUCGGAGGGGGAACCGGGACAACUGGGCUUGGAGAGUACGGAGCCCCCAGUCAGGCAGCUCUUCUGGGGAAGUGUCGGAGGCCGAGGACCGCUUUCACCAGCCAGCAGCUGCUGGAGCUGGAGAACCAGUUCAAGCUCAACAAGUACCUGUCCAGACCCAAACGCUUCGAGGUGGCCACGUCGCUCAUGCUGACGGAGACCCAGGUUAAGAUCUGGUUCCAGAACAGACGCAUGAAGUGGAAAAGAAGCCGUAAAUCCAAGGAACACGUCGCUGACACACCAAGAACCGGGGCAGACAACCAGAACGUCAAACCGGAUCUCGACUCUCUUUGCUCGAGUCCGGGGGAUGAAGAGGAAGCAGACGAUGAAGAUUACACAGAGGAUACAGGGAAAGAUUCCUUUGACUCUUUGACAACGUUCAUAAGAGGAGGAAUGGAGGACUACGUCAACCUGAAGGACGGAGCCCUGGGAAAAACCAAUCCAGUCUUUGUAUAGCUGUAACCGUUAGCGUCUGUUAUCAGAACACAGAGUGUCAUUAGGAGCUCCAUGAGGUGACAUGAAGAGGAAAUGAAUCUUCAGUGGGAGCAGGAAGUGCUGACAUCUGCUCAGGUGGAUGAUGCUGUUUACCUGGAUUUUAAUGCUUCUAUAAUAAUCCAUUCAGACCUUAUAACUAGAAAAUCAACUCUGCCACUUUAGUGGGAACAGCUGUACAAUCUAAUAAAACACAGUUCAGGAGGUUUUUGUAGGAUAAUAAAAUAUUAUAUUAGCUUUAUUUUGGAAUAUAAACAUUGUAUUUGUAUUUUAAAUAUAGUGGCUGGUGAGUUUAUCGUAUUUAUUUUUUUAGAUUUAGGUUUUCCAUGUAUAAAACUAAAGCAAAUGCUGGUUUGUCAUGUUUUUUUUAAUUAAAUUGGUUUUACUUGUAA